AUGCCACGUCGACGCUCCUCCAACCGUUGCUCUACUCAAAGCAUUGCUACAUCGCAUGAAACUGGCGUGGCAGCUAAUACCUCAAGCGAUGAAGCGCUCGAGUGUUACGCUCUUCGCUCCGAUAACCAGGAGACUCCUGCAAACACUUGGGGCACUUUCACCUCUGAUCGGCCUCCGAAGCCACCCCCGAACGGAAUCCGACCAACCAAUUCACCCAGCAUCAUGGGGCAAACCCCAGGUGACAAUAAGGGCAUUGAGACCAUAGGCUCGGUCACCCUGGACAGACUCUUCGGCGGCGAUAGUAGCGCGAGGCGAACAUCACGUAAACGGAAGAUUUCAACCCUCCCGCCGCCAGCCACCGAACCCGAUGAAAGAGGACGAUACGAAGCCUCAACCUGUCAUCAAUGUCGUACCAACACCACCCGACCCAAGAUGAUUUGCGAUCAAUCACAGGACCCCUACUGUUUCAUUCGAGUGUGUGACCGCUGCCUAACCGGACGAGCAGUACAUGAGGGCAUACCUGAGCUUCAGCCUCCGCUGUUUGAAUUCGUACCAGGUGGCAGGAUGCUGUGUCUGAAAUGCAGAGGUAUCUGCCCUUGCGCUAGCUGCCGGAGAAAUCGUAGUGAAAAUGAAGAGAUCCGAAGAGGACGAAAUUCGUUUCAAGGCUUGAAAUCCCAGGGCAGGAAGCCGGGACCGAAGAAGAAACAAAGUCGAACCGCACCUGUCAAGCGGUACAUCUUAUCCGCUGGAGGUGACAAAGUUCCAGCGAAUAUGCAUGGCCAAUUGAUUCAAGCAGGUCCGACUACCUUGAGAGCGUUGACGGCUCGGGAUUACGCCGAACCAAAAUCCAUACCAGACCGUCCUGCAAAAGCCAAACCGGGCGCGAAGAAGCUUGUAAACCAAUGUCUUUCCUCUCAGGCGCGAAAGGAGAUCGGUCGCGACGUGGACACCACGCUGAUGAAUCAACUCAUCCAGUCGAAUAAACGAUUAACAGAAGCCGCAUCCGACAUGUCUUCGGUUUUACAAAGAAAGGAUAGCCCCUCGGACUCGAAGACGUCCGACCAUGCACUACCUUAA